GCAUGCCCCGCUCGCUGGAGCCGCCCGCGUCCCGCGCGAGGACUUUGCCUUCCGCGGGGGCCCGGCCGCGGGAGCGCCACCGGGAUGGUCGCGGAGCCGCAGCCGGAGGUGGAGAAGUUAAAGCCCAGAGAAGGGAGGACACUUGCUCAAAGGUGCACAAACAGGAGGACUGAGGUGAAGUAACACUGUGAAUGCGUACUUUUCUGAGGUGUCCCUGUUCCUCCUGCCGAGGACUUUUUCCAGUAGCUUUAACCCACUGGAGGAUCCACCAGAAGCAUGGAGACUGUGGUGAUUGUCGCCAUAGGUGUGCUGGCCACCAUCUUUCUGGCCUCGCUCGCAGCCUUGGUGGUAGUGUGCAGGCAGCGCUACUGCCGGCCCCGGGACCUGCUGCAGCGCUAUGAUUCCAGGCCCAUCGUGGACCUCAUUGGCGCCAUGGAGACCCAGUCUGAGCCCUCAGAGUUAGAACUGGAUGAUGUCGUCAUCACUAACCCCCACAUUGAGGCGAUUCUGGAGAAUGAAGACUGGAUUGAAGAUGCCUCGGGUCUUAUGUCCCACUGCAUUGCCAUCUUGAAGAUUUGUCAUACUCUGACAGAAAAACUUGUUGCCAUGACCAUGGGCUCGGGGGCCAAGAUGAAGACUUCAGCCAGCGUCAGUGACAUCAUUGUGGUGGCCAAGCGGAUCAGCCCCAGAGUGGACGAUGUUGUGAAAUCAAUGUACCCUCCGUUGGACCCCAAGCUCCUGGAUGCACGGACAACUGCCCUGCUCUUGUCUGUCAGUCAUCUGGUGCUGGUAACCAGGAAUGCCUGCCACCUCACUGGGGGCCUGGAUUGGAUUGACCAGUCACUGUCAGCUGCUGAGGAACACUUGGAAGUCCUUCGAGAAGCAGCCCUGGCUUCUGAGCCAGAUAAAGGCCUCCCAGUCCCUGAAGGUUUCCUGCAGGAGCAGUCAGCCAUUUAGUGCCUGCUGGCCAGCAGCUGACCAUGAGGGCCAGCCUGCUGCCAUCCUCAGUGGCUCCACUGAGCCUUCCACUUUUUCCCGUAGAGUUAGUUCUCCCAGUCCAGCUGUAUGUGCACAGUAAAAUGGGAGGGCCCCAUCAGUUGUGUCUCUGUUGUAGUUGCAAUUGGUGGCUGGUGAGUGGCAGUCUAAUACCACAGUUGGGGAAGAUGACAUUUACCACUUGUGCAGCAGAGCUUUGAAAGCUGGUGGAUUGGAAGCUUUAUUUAGCUCACCUAGUAUUUUCAAGAAAAUUGAGCCACCAUCUAAGAAUCAGGAGGUUUCACAUUAAAACCAGGAUUUCUGGCUUCUCCUGAGCAAUCAGAAGAUGAGGCAACUCUGAUUUGCAUUUUCAAAAGAGGGCAAUCCAUUGAAACUAGGAGUUGCCUUUUUUGACAAGACUUGUACUCUCUCAGGUGGCCUGUUUCACUUACUUGUAUUAUCUGUCUGGUCCUGAGGCAUCUGAUUCUCUUUUUCUUCCCAGGUUUGGGUUUGAAGGUGAGCACCACAGUUGAUUAUUUCUUUUAUCACUGUGCCUGCAAUUUUACCCAGUUACUACUAGGAGGAUAGUAAACAUAUACUUAGGUUUCUCAAGUUUGUGGUUAUUGAGUCAAAUUCAAAGGCCUGGUGUAUGGUGAGUGUUGGGAGCCAGUCCGAACCACCUGUCUGACGGCACAGCUCAGACGCCCGGAAAGAAGGAACUGCAAAGCAGACUUCUUAGAGGAACAACCCUGCUAUCUCUUAUUAUUACGGUGUUUGGAAAUGUUAUUAUUGGUCACUUAUACAUCUAAAUUAGAAAACCAAAUUUAAAAUACUUUGGGAGAAAUGUUAGAGGCAAGACCCCCCUAAUUCUUCCAGGUGGUAAAGAUACCUCAAGAUAACUGCUGGGCAUAGAAGCCAUGGGGCAUAAAUCUGCAAAGAAGUAAAAAGCUAACCU